AUGGCCAAAUGCUCGAAGCAUCACGGCUCGGACGUAGCAUCUUUGCGCGAGCAGAUUCGGAGCGUUGCUGUUCACCGGAACCUGUGGGUCGAUAGAUGGAGAGGAUACUGA